AUGUCCAAGCGAAUGGAGCUAUAUGAUGAUUCUAUGGAUGGCAUUGUGCAACAAAUCCGGAGGACCGCUUCUGAUCUAAGCCUGAAAAGAAAAUUACUCUUGAAUCAAAUAGAGUUAUACAAAGAUUUGCAGGCGAAAGUAGAUAUGAAAGCAGAAAAAGCCAUGGUUUUCUUGGGAGACGGGUAUUUCGUUGAAAUGACACCAAGUGAUGCCAAAAAUUAUUUAACAAGGCGAAUUAAAAGCGUUCAUGAAAUAAUUGGAGAAUUUAAUGUUAAGAUCAAGGAUGCGGAGAAUACCAUGGAGCAUAUUUCGAAGUUUCGAGAAAUAGAGAUAGGAAGUGAUAAAAAAGAGAGCGCUAAUGAAGAGGGACUUCCGUUCUUGGAUAUACAAGAAGAAUUAGACGAUGAAGAUAAUAUCAUGAGUGUAAAAAUUAAUAAUAAAGAACAGACUUUUGAAAAUCGUGAAAUUAAAGAAGAAGAGCUAGCAGAUGAAGGGCUCCCUAUGAUGGAUAUACAAGAAGAGCUAGAUGAAUAUGGGAAUGUUAAGAGUGUAAAAAUCAACAAUAAGAUUCAAGGAAUAAACGAUCAAACUGAAGAAAAGAAAAGUAAAUAUCCAAAGGGACAUGAACAUUUUAAUCCUAGUGAAAAGAAUGAAAAUAUCAAAAAAAUCGAAGAAAUUGAUGAUCAAGAAGAAGAUGAUGAUCAGUUGUCUGAACUAUUACAGGAUAUGGGUAUCAUUCCACUGAAGAAAUAUGAUGAAAUGAAUAUUGAUCAGGACAAAUUGCUUGAUAAAAUUGAUCAAUUAAAGAUAAAUGCGGACGAAAAAUUCAAGCUUAAACAAAUAUGUGUCGAAGGAUAUAAAAGUUUAGAAGUUGAAAAGACAAGUAAUGAUGAUGCGCUGGUGAAAAGUGAAAAGACAGAUGAAGAAAUAAUAUCGGAUCUAAUUGUGGAAAAUAAUUUGCAAGACUUCCUAAGUACAGAUUAUAAGGAAAUUCCUCACCAAAAAGGCACUGAUGGUAAUCGAGUUGCAAUUGACGGAAAUGAAUUAUUGGAACUAGAGCUAAUUGCGGAUAAGUUUGACGAUACGAAUAAUUCAAUAACCCAUGCAGAUGACGAGGAGUGGGACUUUGAAUUUGAUGAAGAAGAAGACGAAGAAGACGAAGAAGACUUUUCAGAUGAUUUACUAUAUGGAAAUAGUGGAGCAACAUUUAUCCCGCAGACUGAUUAUCAGCAUGGAUCACAAAAUUUGAAUAACCUAUUAUGGAAGCAAGUCAUGGAACUAAGAAAUAAAAAAGCUCAGACAGCCAGAAGCGAUACAACUAAUAGCCUGAAAAAGAAAUCUGUUCGAUUUUCAGAGCAAUUGGAAAUUAAUGAAAUUGAGAACAUUAGUGAGGAAUUGAAGAAUAUUGAUCAUGUCAAGCAGAAUAUUUCCAGAUUUAAACAAGACAGGCUAAUCAAGUCUAAUGAUUUUGAAAUCAAAGACGCCAUAAAGCGGGUUGAGAAGUCAAAGGAUGAAACAUUUAAAAGUCCUGUUAGUGAUAUAAUUGAAAGAAAUGA